UAGCGCAUCCCUAUAAACUAUUCAUUGAGAUGUAAUGACCAACUGUUAGCGGUCGUUCGCUUGUGACGACACUCUUAUCAUUCAGUCACCUGAAGACGGUGGUUUUGUGCAGUUCUAACAUUUUUGCAGGUCACAGGAGAAAAUAAACGAUGGACGCGAAGGCAAGCAGCGAGCUAAGUGACGGAAUCGACGCUCCCCGGUGGAUGUUCUGGAAGCGUCGUCGCUACAUCGUAGUUCUGAUGGCCUUUCUGGGUUGUCUGGUGAUGUACGCCAUGUGGGUGGCGAUGAGUAUUGCCGUCGUAGCGAUGACCGAGAAACGGGCGAUCUCAUUUCAGAAUGGAACCGUUGGAUAUGAACAAGCCUUCGAUUGGAGCAGCCAGGUUCGAGGUAACAUCUUGAGUUCGUUCUUCUGGGGGUAUUUAGUCACGCAACUUCCGGCCGGGGUUCUGGGCAACCGACUUGGAGCAACUAACAUCCUAGGCAUCGGCUUAGGCUUCACAACUGUUCUAACGCUGCUCACUCCUCUGUCGGCCUACGGAGGCGUUAGCUGGCUCAUCGUGAACCGAAUCCUGCAAGGGAUGGCCCAAGGAGUUGCCCUGCCGUGUUUGCACGGAAUCUGGUCCAAAUGGGCACCGCCAAGUGAACGAUCGCGCAUGGUGCUGAUCAGUUUGGUGGGCAUGUUUGCCGGUACGAUCUUGGCCAUGCUCGUAACGGGAGCAGUUUCGAAGCGCUGGAACUGGGAAAGUGCCUUCUACAUCUUUGGAGUGAUUGGUUGUAUUUGGUUCGUUGCAUUUUUUCUCAUGAUUCAUCCCACUCCGGAGCAGGACCGCAUCAUUUCGAAGGCGGAAAAGGAGUUCAUCAUGAAAAGUCUCGGUAACGUCGAAGGUCAAUCAGGCGGGAUCAAGCAUCCCUGGAAGGGAAUUCUGACUUCUAAGCCGGUCUUUGCCAUUCUGGUGUCCGGAUUCUGCCAGAGCUGGGGCUUCUACAACAUGUUGACUCAACUUCCUUCGUUUUUGAAAGACGCUCUUCACUUUGACGUCGAACACUCCGGAUCAAUCGCAGCCCUCCCCUACCUCGGCAUGGGACUCAUGCUGAACGUAUCCGGCUACCUCGCCGAUUGGUUCCAGAUCAAGGGGAUCCUGACGACAACCCAAGUGCGAAGGUACUUCAACUGCGGCUCCUUCCUAGUCCAAGCCACCCUGACGAUCAUCGGUGCCGCGAUCCUUCGCUCAAUCCCCACCAUCACGUGUCUUACGCUGGCAGUUUCGAUGGGAGCAUUCGCAUGGUCCGGGUACCUGGUGAACCAUCUGGAUUUGUCGCCCAAGAGUGCCGGCGUCCUGAUGGGCAUCGGCAACUCGGCCAGCACGAUCGCGGGGAUCAUCGCGCCGGCGGUGACCGGACUGUUGACCAGCGACAAGUCGCCCGACGAGUGGAGAGCGGUGUUUUACAUUACGGCGGGAUUGCAGCUGGUUGGUUUGGUGGUGUACUGGUUCUGGGCGUCCGGGGAGCUGCAGCCGUGGUCGAUUGAGGUGCAGGAGAAGGAAAGGGUGAAAGUGGCAGGAACUGACGGUGGGAGGCAGUUUGAGAGGAACUUGAGUGUUGUGGAUUUAGAAGGGGGUUUGAAGAGUAAGUAUUGAUUUAUUAAAAAAGGGUUUUUUUUCAGUACGAAUUAUAAAUAAAACUAGUUUUAGAUAAAAAAAAAUGUUUUCAAAUAAAAGAAACAUUAGUUUGAU